UCUUCCCCCUUCAGGUUUGCUAAGAACCUGUCCCCAGACAAGAUCAACCUGAGCACACUGAAGGGCGAGGGCCAGCUCACCAACCUGGAGCUGGAUGAGGAGGUUCUGCAGAGCAUGUUGGACCUGCCCACCUGGCUGGCCAUCAACAAAGUGGGCUGCAACAAGGCUGCCAUCCGGAUCCCGUGGACCAAGCUGAAGACCCACCCCAUCUCUCUGACCCUGGACAAGGUGGUAAUGGAGAUGAGCACCUGUGAUGAGCCCCGCCCUCCCAACGGCCCGUCUCCCAUAGCAACGGCCUCUGGGCAAAGUGAGUAUGGCUUUGCUGAGAAGGUGGUGGAGGGCAUCUCUCUGUCCAUCAACUCCAUCGUGGUGAAGAUCAGUGCCAAGGCAGUGGCCAGAACGAGAUGCGGAGUGCCCGCACCCAUCCGACCUGAUCACCAACACAAUCACAACGCUCAGAAGUCCACACCUGAACAGAGACGGUCCAAGGACUGUAACGUGGUGGCCUCUAAGCUGAUCCUGAUCCUAGAUGACCUGCUGUGGGUGCUGACUGACUCCCAGCUCAAAGCCAUGGUCCAGUACGCCAAGUCACUCAGCGAGGCCAUGGACAAGUCUGCUCAGCAAAGGAAGAGCAUGGCCACCGAGGACCAGGAGUCGUCGGCGCCCCCCUCAGCCCAGCAGGUGCGUAGCCAGCAGGUGUCGUCAGGCACAGCGGCUGACCAGAGCGCCACCAUGGCAAAUCUGUUCACUGCCUUCGACGUGUGUGAGACCUCCCACCACCUGCAGAUCACACACCUUGACCUGCACAUCUGUGACGACAUACACGCCAAGGACAGAGUGAUCAAUAAGAGGAUAACCGGUGGGGCCAUGCAGCUCUCCUUCAGUCACAUUACCCUGGACUACUACCCCUCCCAUAGAGCAGGUGAGAGUUGUCUCCACUGGAUGCAGUACAGUGAGGCCACUAAGGCCAGGGAGGGCUGGGCCAGGAGUCUACUGGAGGAGUUCAAGUCUAACGUGGAGAUGUUGAAGACUGCCAAGAGAGACCGGGAGGGCCUGGCCAACUGUCACACCUCACCACAGCACGGUAAGAUCAGUACUAGUUCUACCAGUAUCCUCAGUUCUCCCCAGACCCCCAAGACGCAGCUCCUGUCCAGCUCCAUUGUCCUCAGGAUAGCUGACUUCAGCAUCUACCAGGUGUCCACAGCAGACCAGUGUCGCUCCAGCCCUAAGGCCAUGAUCUCCUGUAAUAAGAAGUCCCUGUACCUCCCUCCUGAGAUGCCUGCCAUCCACGUCGAGUUCACCGAAUACUACUUCCCUGACGGAAAGGACUACCCCAUCCCUUGCCCAAACCUGUUUGUGCAGCUGAAUGCGCUGCAGCUGGUGCUGGACCCCAGGAGCCUGGUGUGGUGCAACCUGUUUGCGCUGGACCUGAGGCAGAGCCUGGAACAGUUCAUGGAGCUCUACAAGCUCAACGACGAGGAACAGAAGCCUGACGAGCACAUCGACAUCAGGGUGGACGGACUAAUGCUCAAGUUGUUAGUGCCCACGGACAGGGACCCCUCCUAUCCCCAGGACCUCCCCCGUUCCGUCUCUGUCCAAUGCUCGGAGAUGGUGGCCACCAACACCCGCCACCCCCCCAACUGCUCCCGCUCCCACCUGGAAGCCCUKCUCCUCUCCUUCCAAGAACAACAGUUCUUCUCCACCUCKUUUUCCUCCUUCCCUCYCUCCUCCACCUCCUUCCCYGUGAUCCACCCCAUUUUCCAGCGCCACGCGCAUGAGCAGGACACUGUGUUGCACAAUGUGUAUAAAGGGUUGGUGUCGCCCUCGUUGGGCGUGGAUGCCCUCAAAAUGCCAGCUGCCACAGACUUGUGGGCGGUUCACUUUGCCCAGUUCUGGGUGGACUACGAGGGGARGCGCGGCGGGAAGGGGCGGCCCCAGCCCUUCGURGACGCCUUCCCCCUCACUCUGUGGYCGUGCCAGCCGGUCAGACACGCCCAGCACCAGGAGRGGCUAAUGGGCGGGGCUUCGAGAGGGCAGAMAACMRCCCUUUCUGCAGCUGCAGGCCUGGCCAGGAGCGAGCCUGUGGAUACCGUGGGACGUCUGCAGAGGAAGAGGCUUUUGAAGGAGUACUAUAGUACUGUUACGGACGCCARGGCAACAGAGGCCUCGCUGCCGCCUAGCAACGGGCUUCACAAGCCACUGUCCCUGGACAACAUCCCCCCACCUUCCUCGUCUUCCUCUUCCAGUAAGGAGGCAGACAUGCACAUGUUAGUGCACGUACAGAAGCAUUUGAGCGCACAGGUGAGCCACAGGCAGUACAUGUUCCUGAUGCGGCUGCAGCGCAGCAUCAAAGCCUUGCAGCACACCCUGCAACAGGACCUGGAGGGGAUGGGCUCCAAACGAGACAAGGCAAAGACCACAUCGGACCCCRCUCCAGACCACCAGCCCUUCAGUGCCUGUGUGGGGAUCCUGCUCAAAAGUGCYGAGGUAGCUCUCRUCUUGAAGCRGGUCCCCCAGRCCGAGGGUCCUGGUUCCCCCCUAGGGUCAGAGUUGUCCCCCUCGGAGAGUAGAUGCACCUUGGAGACUGGGAGUGACGGWGGGGAGGGGGGYGAUAGAGGAACCCACGUGGAGGGGGCUGGGACGAAGGGAAGCUGUACAGUGGACCAGCUUAUGUGUGGGGGAGGGGUAGAGGGUGGGAUAACGCAAGGCCCUGCCCCUCUCAUCCCCGCCUCCACCCCCAACCUGAAGGCGUCUAUUGACGAGAGGACAGGGAGAUCCAGUUCAGAGGAGUUGGGAGAGGCUUCCCUGGAGGCCCGGACUGAGGGAGAGGAGCUGGGGACCGGAGUUGAUUGUAAAGCCCAGCAGGGUGAGUCCUCCGGGGCAGACCCCACUCUCUCAGACCCCCUCUCCACCAAAGACUGGAACGAGAAGAACCCUGGGGCCAGAUUGCCUGAGUCUAUGUCCAGGAAAGGCAGUCUGUCAGUGGUUUCUGACCGGCUCAGCUCCUCAAACACCCGGUCCACCUCCCUAUAUUCUAUUUCCAACAUUGGGCGUCUGAUGAGGGAGCGUUCCCAGUCCAGUUUCUCAGUGUCCUAUAAGAACAUGAAGAAGACUCCAUCUCUGCAGUCCUUGGACAACCUCUCCAUAGACAGCUACCUGAUGGAGGACGGAGACACAGACACAUACAGCCUGCUGGAGAGGGACGACGUGUCCAUCUCAGGCUUUAAGGAUGUGGUGAGGGAGCAGAGUGCCACAGAAAUUGCCAAGGAGGCAGCAGCAGUAGCGGCCAUGGUCACAGGGGAGCAGGACGGUGCUGGCUCACCAGAUACUGUCAGUGCCACCUCCCAGAGCAUCGAUGAACCCACCAAAGACAUGGUGUCGGUGCUGGUGCUGAAGGUGCAGUGUGUGUGUGGGGGGAUGGAAGUGCGAGGGGAGAGCACAGCUGUAUCUCUGGAGGUGGGCUGCGUCAGACCCACACAGCUGGGAAACGUCAGCCUCCGACAAUACCUCAGCAACCGCAGCCUGGGUAUGGUACCCACUGCUCAGGGCAGCACUAUUGUACCCCCUGCCCCAGGCAGCGAAGGUAUGUGUGUGUGGAACAUAAGCAUGGGUAGGCAAACGCAAGCUUGCACACAAGUGUUACUACCUGUUUGUUUGUGUUAGUGUGUCUCUGAUUUCAUCAUUGGUAUGAAAUGACAGAUAGUAAUUAGCAUUUUUGCUCCACCAAGCAUGCUACACACCUUUGUUUUACUAUCCUUGUGGGGACCAAACAAUUGAUUCCCAUUCAAAAUCCUAUUUUCCCUAACCACAAACCCCUAAACCUAACCAUAAUUGUAGCCCUGAACCUAACCCCUAAGUCUAUAAAUAGCCUUUUUCCUUGUGGGGAUUGGCAAAAUGUCCAAGAUUUUCCUUGUUUUACUAUCCUGGUGAGGACUUCUGGUUCCCACAAGGAUAGUAAAAAAAAUCACACGCGCACGCACACACAAUGUGUGACUGCAAUGUGUGUCUCAAGGGUGUGUGACUGCAGUGUAUGUCUCGUGUGUGUGUGUCUAACUGCUGCAGUGAGACGGUGCAUUAGCACUAAUGGGGGUUUUGCUCCCUUUACCAGCUACAUUAAACCCAGUGUCGGUAUGUGUUUUUGUGGCACCACAGGUUGUGUGCAUGUGUGUCUCCAGCAUGUCAACUCCAAAGUGUGUGAAUAUUUAAGAGGGGUUGGUGAGGUCCAUAUUUACCCCCCAGUACUAUGAGGCAGUGCUCGCUCGCUCAGCUCCGCCUCCUCCCUCUUUCACAGAAGAGUAAUCCCCAUCUCUCUCUCCCUCAGCUCCGCCUACUCCUUCUUUCACAGCAGAGUAAUCCCCAUCUCCCUCAGCUCCGCCUCCUCCCUCUUUCACAGCAUCUCUCUCCCUCAGCUCAGCUCCGCCUCCUCCCUC